AUGAAGUUAAGUAAAAUUUUUAAUAAAGCUAUUGAUGAAAAUGAAGCUGAAUCAAAAUACCUAUGGAUCGUGAAUAAAUGGACAUGAACAAGAGCAACAUACCGAAUUGACCUAUCAGCUCUUACUAUAGAUCUUUCUUAUAACCUUUCUUCAUCAAACAAUAUUUUUAUCAUAGAUUACUCAAUCCUUUCAAAUAACAAGUUCUUUGGAAUUAUGUUUAAAGAAAAUAGUUCUCGCUUGCGCUAUCUAUUUAUAUCAGAUGAAAAUUUCAAUAUUAAAAUAAUAGAUACCCUCCCAGCAGCUGAGCCAUAUUGAUUUGUUCAUUGUGCUUAUGACAAUUCAUUAUUCUAUUUUGAUAGUUAUCCUCAUAAAAGCCAGAGUUCUGGAGCCUAUCGCUUUAGAAGAUAUUUAAUUCCAAAAAAUAAAUGGGUUUAUGUACCAAACUUCCCAAGUGAAUUACCCGAGUCAUGAGUUGGAUUUAACCAAAAAAUCAUUUUUAUCAAUAAAAAGCCAGGAAUAUGGGUUUAUGAUAUAUUUUUAAACUCUUAUAGCCAGCAUUUCCCGAUAAAAGAUUUAGGAAAGUCGGGGAAUAAAAUGCUAUUAAGAAUUUCGGGGAAAAUAUAUGUGAUUUGCUAUUUAAAGGUGCCAAGAAUUUACUGCUGUUACGACCCUUUUUCAGAGUGAACCUAUGUUUGCGAAAUGGAACGUAAGAUAAUAUGCAAAGAGCGUGCUCCUUUUGUCUAUUAUGAAGGAUCUCUCUAUUUUCUUGUUCUCAAUUCAGCUUUAUAUGAGUUCUCCCUAAAAAAUUUUAAAUAUUAAUUUGAUGUAUAUAGCUUAUGUCGAUAACAGGACUGCUAACACCAGGACUUCUACAAUGUUUAAGUAUAUCAAUCCUGGGCCAACCUUUUUGCUUUUUCACAAGAAUGGACUUCAAAAUAGCGCUGCAGACUUCGGCAACUCAUGAAUUAGCAACUUCUAAAUUUCUUGACGUCAUGUGACCCUCUCUAUAUAGAUGGAUUUUGCCCCACUAGAGGGUCAAAAUAAAUCUGUAGAGCGGAAUUAGUAAAGGUUGAGAUUUAGCAAGCAAACCCAUACUCUAAAGGGCUGUUCACAUGCCACCGGAAACAAUAGAGGUGGAGGUCCUGGAAAACUGGAGGAUGGGAAUCAUACAACAUUACAUUAAUUAUGGGCUCUACCUCUUUCUACUUCUCAUCCGAGAAGAAUCUUUCGUAGAAGACUCGUUCAGCUGCUAGCGAAUCUCCCUGGGUAUGCCAGCAUUUCCACCAUAGAUAGCUCUCCUCCGGCUUUCUGCUUGAUUUUUAAUGAUUUCUUUAAACCUUGGAGUAUGCAGAUUUGAGACUUGAGGAAUACUGUUUGAGUGACUUGAGUUUUAGCUAGAGAUAAAUUCUCUAGCAGUUUUCAGUACCAACUAUGCCUUCGUCGUAAGAACUAGUGGUCUCUAGGGGUAAAAAGCCUUUCUUCCCAAAUAUCUAUCGCAAAGGUACAAAGUCUUUAUUGCUGGACGAGGGAGGCAAAACUCAAAUGCCCAGUGCUCGCAGACCCCAUUUCCUGCUCAGCUUGGUUUUCGGCCGCAGCAAGGCCACCAAACUCGAAAAAGGUUAAGGAGAGGAUAGGUCGGUGAUGUCAUCUUAUUUGUGUAGGGUACUGUACAGCAAGUACGUAAACAGCUAAGAGGUUAUCUGGUAAUGUUCUCAAAUGAGCUCGAUCGUUCUGAUCGGUAUAGAGGCAAAGAUUCUGAUCAGAAAUUAAGUAUAUAACGAAAACAACGCCAUGCAGCACUAAAGACUCCGCCGCUAACUCAGAAUUGAAGUGGAUAAAGCACAGGCCUAUCAAAUUCCCUUAAGUGUGACAAGUUCCUUCAAGUAGCUUACUAAUAUUUUCUGUGAUAGAAUUCUCAUAAUAAAACUAAGCCUCAUAAUCAUAAAAUGCAAAGUAUCAUUGGCGAUCUGCAUCUUAAGAAUGUUGCCAUUUUUAUUAUAAUACAUUUUAAAUCACAAAAUAAAAAAAUUCAGAUGAAAUUAGCACCGAAAGAAAACCUUAAAUAG